GAAAUUUAAAUCCACUAACAAAACUAACCAGAACAAUAUAGUCUUUUACUCAAAUGCCCAUGUCUAGUUUUGGUUUUGAGAGGACAAAGAAGUCAUCAACCAAUAUAAAGUGUGUCAGUAGCGCAAUGUGUUCUUUCAUGUAAUAAAAACACAUAAAGUGUCUAUUUGUGUUAUAAACUCAAACAUGAGUUUUUGUGAUUUUUGAGAUAUUCUGUAUUAUAAUUUAAAUUAUUUUGUUGUAAAAAUAAAUAAAUUAAAUUACAUUAUUUUAUUAUAUUGGAUUAUUACUAUCUUUUGGAUAAAACGAUAAUCGGAAAGAUUUGACUCGAAAAAGAAUAAAGAAAAAGACCAGCGAUACCGUAUCUAUUAAAUUAAAUUGUAAAUUAAUAAAGUGGUUAAUAAAUUAAUUGAGAGAGAACAGCGCCAGCGAAGGUUUCUGAUUGGAAACGAAACCGAAGUGAAACCGUGUAGAAGACAACAGCAAAAAUCAAACUCCUGUUUCUCUCAAUUACUCAAUUUCUCUUUGACCAUCGUCCUCUGCUUUCGAUUCCGAUCUUCUCUUUUGCUAUCCGAAUCGAGAAACGGCGUCUGGUUAAUGCCUGGAAGCCACGGGGAGAUUACGGUGGUUGAACAGAACAGAGUCGUUAACGACAACAAGAAGACAAGGAAGAAUAAGAAGAAGAAGGAGGAGGGCGAUGAUGUCGAGAACGGGAACCAAUUAAUAGUGCCCUCGAAUUCAAAACCCAGGAAGCAAUUUACAGACAGGUUCGGAAAGAAACACAAAUCACGUUCUGGGUCGUGUAAGGGAGGAUGCUUUUCUGUGAUGAGACCUCGAAGAACAGAGGAGGAGGAGGAGGAAGAGGGUUCUCCUUCAUCUUCAGCUCAUGAUAUGCUGAGAGUUAUGUUGGAGAACAAUGAUUACUUCUCUGACGAGUGCAAUCCACAUCGAUGAUUUUGUGUAAGCUUUGAUGAUCAUUGCUGUUUGGGGGGGGGCGGGGGGAUGGGGGGAUUAUUCUUUUUUAAUUUGUUGCUGCUCAAUUUGUAUAGUACUUUUUUCUUCAUCUUCUGGUUAAGUCAAUCAAUGCCUAUGAGUGUUUUUCUUAUGAUGAUAUCUAAAAAAGAAGAUUCUUGUCUUAACAGAGA